UCGGCACGCGUGGGCACAUCAGCAGCGAUAACACUGCUUACUGGAAUACAAGGCCUCCGAAGAGGCGCCUCGCGAUUACAGCCCCAGAUUACAACGAUCUAUUUCCAUGUGCCGACUGGCUGCUUGAUGAAAGAAGCGCAUCAACACAACAUCGGGCUUUCUCGCCAAGACGGCCCGUCCCAAAAGGGUAAAACAUAAACACCUCCGCGAUCUAACAACAUUGCGGUCUCCCCGCUUGCCGUCUGCGAUCUGACAAUCAUCUCACACUCACCACACAGCCCAAAAUGGAGGAAAGAAUAGACUUCAAUAUUAACGAUUCGUUAAAAUAUUAUCUCAGCGAUCCGACAUCUGUGCCAACGCCUGAUGCUGACGCCGAGCUGUUCGACUGCGAGAAUGAAACCGAACUCCUUUCAACGUCCUUGGUUGAUGGAGUUAUCAACCCAAUCGUCGAUGGAAUCGCCGAGAAUCCUGAAGCGCUGACUCGCACUUCAUUUUUUGAUUCGCUUCAAAUACUCCUCAAAUAUCCUGUUGUCUUGCCCUCGAAAAGUCUCAGCAAAAUUCUUGACUUGAUCGUGUCUGGCCUCGCUAUGGAAGCGGAUAUCAUUCAUGGUGACCUGGAAGCAGACGAGCAGGAUGCUGUACAACAUCAUAAACAACUGCUGGAGAUGUAUGGCUUUCUGCUGCAGUGGGCGCUCUCCGCUGUCGAAGUAAAGGCCGCUGAAAAGCCUGCGACAGCUGCGCCUGCUCGUCGUACCGGGAAGUCUGGUAAAGCAAAAUCAGGAACCAAAGAUGGCAAUUGGGAUUGGACGGCACAAAUUCAGAUAGCUAUGGAAACAAUGUGCAAAGUGCUGAAGUUGAAAUUAGGAAAGAUUUUCCUUACGACAUCGGAUCGCGACACAUUCGUGAAUCUGUUUACUCGGUCAGUGUACUUGCUGCUAGAAAAUGAGCAACGAGUCAAGAACAUGGCAAUCCGGAUGCACGCUUUCAAGGUUUUAUGUAUUGCCGUGAAGCACCACGGGCAUGCUUUUGGAGCACAAACAUCUAUCGUACAGAGUUUGACCUACUUUGAGCACUUGUCCGAGCCGAUGGCCGAGUUUCUUCAUAUCCUUGCUGAACAGUAUGACUACACGCAACUGGGAGAUGAAAUAUUAAGGGAGCUCGCGAAUAAGGAAUUCAACUCCAAUGACACAAGAGGCCCUAAAUCGGUGUCUAGUUUCAUAACCAAGUUAUCAGAACUGGCUCCAAGGCUCGUUAUCAAGCAGAUGACGCUCCUAGCCAAACAAUUAGAUAGCGAAUCCUACACCCUACGGUGCGCUAUUAUUGAGGUCUGUGGUAAUCUCAUUGCCGACCUGAGCAAGGAAGACGAGAGGGGUGAAAACCACAAAUCCCAAAUCAACGCAUUCUUUGAUGUUCUAGAAGAACGAUUCUUGGAUAUCAAUCCCUAUUGCCGUUGCAGAGCAAUCCAAGUUUAUAUGCGGCUGUGUGAACUUGACCAAAAAUUCCCAAAACGACGACAGACCGCCGCUGAAUUGGCUGCAAGAAGUCUUGAGGAUAGAAGCAGUAAUGUACGAAGAAAUUCGAUCAAGCUACUAGCGAGACUCGUGUCAACACAUCCUUUCAGCGUUAUGCAUGGUGGGCAGUUGGCAUACAAUGACUGGGCUGCCCGAUUAGAAGCCGUUGAAGCUGAAUUGGAUGCUCUCAAGCCUCCGCCAGAAACACCUGGAUUGGGAGAAACGCAUAUCGAUAGCGAGCUUCUGGAGGAUGCCACUCAACUUCCGGAUGACUCUCCUUCCAAGGCUCCAAAGAUGUCAGAUGAGCAGAAGGCUGCCGCGGUACAAAAGGCUCAAGAAGAGGCUGCAACUUCUGAACACCUCGCUAGGUUGCAGCUAACUAGGAAAUACUACCUCGAAGCAAUUCGAUUCAUUCAAGUUCUACAUUCAGCUUCACGGAAUGUCUGUCAACUGCUUUCGGCUCGGAAUAAGAGUGAAGUCAUUGAAGCCAUGGACUUCUUUGUCGUCAUUGAUGCAUAUAAAGUUGAAACUUCGAGGACGGGAAUACGACGCAUGUUGCGCUUGAUUUGGACCAAAGGAAACAGUGACGAGGGCAAAGGUGUUCAAACUCACUUAAUUGACUGCUACAAGGGGCUGUUCUUUGAUGCCCCCGACAGUUUUACGGCAAAUGAUGCUGCCAAUUACAUUGCCCGGAAUAUGAUCAGUCUUACUUUCGGUUCCUCCCCAGCAGAACUUACUUCUCUUGAACAACUACUCAGUACCAUGAUGAAAUCUGGUCACAUCCCGGAAACUGUUGUCGCGAAACUGUGGCAAAUAUAUAGCGUGCAACGCAGAGAAAUAUCGAAGACGCAGCGCCGAGGCUCUAUCAUUGUUCUUGGAAUGCUUGCCCUCGCCGACCCAGAAAUCGUCGUCAAGGAAAUCGAAGCAAUGUUACGGAUUGGUCUUGGAAGUCUCGGUCGAUCUGAUUUGGUUCUUGCAAGAUACACCUGCAUUGCUUUGCGCCGAAUGGCUCCCGGACGACAAGCCAAAAACAAAGACAGCGGCGUAGCAAAACUGACCAAUGAUCACCCCGUGUUGGCUAAACUAGCCUCCAUUACGGAGAUCACAGACGAUAGCAAAGAAUGGUAUGGAGUUGCUGAGCAAGCCAUUGGUGCUAUAUAUGCUCUAUCUAAACAUCCAGAUGUUCUGUGUUCUGAUAUUAUUCGACGGAAGACCAAGUCCGUUUUCCAAGCCAGCUCGCGUCAGUCACCUGGUCAGACCAUGCUAGAAUCCGAUGAACAACGACCAGCUACUGCAUCUAGCGAUAGCCAGGGAGCAAAAUCCAAGCCUUCAUCUUCGGAGCUCUCUCAAUUGCUCUUCAUCGUUGGUCAUAUUGCCAUCAAGCAAAUUGUCCAUCUUGAGUUGUGCGAGCUUGACUUCAAGCGACGAAAGGCAGAGCAGGAGAAGAACAAGACGGCCGACGCAGCUGCUCAGCAAAAAGACCAACAAGAAGACAAUGAACUGGACUUAAUUGGCGGCACGACGGAAGACGAUUUCACCGAAGCCAUGGCUCACAUCCGAGAGCGCGAGCUUCUCUAUGGCGAACAAUCUCUCUUGACCAACUUCGGACCUCUAGUGACCGAAAUCUGCGCCAACAAUAAUGCGUAUCCCGACCGGAAUCUCCAAGCAGCAGCGACCUUGUGCAUGGCAAAACUGAUGUGCGUUUCCGCCGAGUACUGCGAGAAGAACCUCCCACUCCUAAUCACAAUCAUGGAACGAUCCGAAGACCCCAUCGUCCGCAGCAACGCCGUCAUCGCCCUAGGUGACAUGGCCGUGUGCUUCAAUCACCUGAUCGACGAGAACACUGAUUUCCUCUACCGCCGUCUCAACGACGGCGACGCCUCCGUCAAACGCACCUGCUUAAUGGCCCUGACCUUCUUGAUCCUCGCCGGCCAAGUCAAAGUCAAAGGCCAGCUGGGCGAAAUGGCUAAAUGUCUGGAAGAUGAAGACAAGAAAAUUACCGAUUUGGCGCGCAUGUUCUUCACCGAGCUCGCCACCAAGGAUAAUGCCGUAUACAACCACUUUGUGGAUAUAUUCAGCUUGCUGAGCUCCGAGAAGAACCUCGAAGAGGGCGCGUUGAGACGUAUCAUCAAGUUCCUUGCUGGUUUUGUAGAAAAGGAAAAACACGCCAAACAACUCGCUGACAAACUCGCCGCGCGACUCGGUCGCUGCGAGACGGAGAGACAGUGGAACGACGUUGCGUACGCGCUGUCUCUGCUUCCACACAAAAAUGAAGAAAUCAGUAAGACCGUCAGUGCUGGAUUCCGGGUUGUUGCUGCGAAUGCAUAAAUCAUUUCCUUUCAUUAGUGUUUGGGUUUACGUGUUUGGGGGCGCGUGGAUAUUAUUAUCUGGUCGUUUAUUAAUGUGUUGUAUUUUAAUGAUUGAUGUCUUUUAUUCUGUUGUACAUGGUUGAGCGUGUGGA